AUGACCGGGAUGUCUCCAAAACCUACCGUGGCUGAUGCUGCUAGCAUCAAUAAUACAACUAAUACUAAUGCCACUUACGCAGAGGGACUCAACGAGAUCCGGGAUCGUAUGAUGACUGUAGAAAGCCAGCAGAACCAGCCAGCCAGUACCACAGCCCGAGGAUUGGAUACUGCUGGCAACCGUAUGUUCGCAGCUGGUAAUAAAGUCAUGGAGGUUCAUGAAAUGGGUGCGCUCGGUUUAUCGACGGUUAAGAGGGUCUUGGGUGAUAAUGCCAAGCCAGUUCUCAAUAGCAUGAUUCAGUUGGCAGACAAGAUUGUCGAUGUCGGAAAAGUGGUGCCAAUCGUAGCCCCGGUCUUUGUCAUCUUGAAGAUUAUAAUUGAUGCCGAGCAAAAGGCGCGUGAUACCGAUGAAAAAUGUCAGGAUUUGAUGGAGCGUAUCAAUUUCAUGGUUAGUCAUCUACUUGUUUUGGAACGCAUUGAAGUCAUGGAUAUACUCCGGACAGUCAUGCAACGAGUUCAGGAUGUGCUCAAGGAUGCCGCGGCCUUGAUUGAAGCCUACAGGAAGCAAGGCAGGGUUGCCCGGCGGUUGAAGAUGUCUAAUACCCAAAACUUUGAGAGCAUGGCCGAACGUAUCUCUAGCUGCUCCUCUGAUUUGAUGAUGAGUCUGCAGAUCCAGCAGACGGGCGACCUUUCCGUCCUGAGGAGAGCGGUCCCUAGGGACCUAGUCGCCGAGAAUUUCAUUAAAGACCAUGGAGGACAAGAAGCCAUUAAUAACAAUCCUACACUUGUCAAAGAGUUUGCAGAAAAAAUGCAUUUGGCUAUGUCAGACCAAGUUAUGACUCAGAUGAGAUCUAAUUUGCAGGAAGUGAUGGCUCAGAACCAGCGUCAGAUCGAAGAGUUGAUUCGCCAGUCCUCUAGCACUAACGUCGCAGAUACCAUCAAAACUAUUGCAAAUCAGCAGCGAGAAUGGGAAUCUGAGCGGAAGCUAACUUGUGUGCAAUGCAAUCAAGAUUACAAAAUUUCUGCUAACGGUCCCCAAGCAUGCGGUUUCCACUCUGCGGUCGCCAACUAUGACCGAUACCGUUGCUGCAACCGGACGUCGCCAUGUAAGAUAGGGUAUCAUCAGCCAGAACACCAUUCUAAAUACCCUUACAGUAAUUUUUAUCCUUGGUCCUACGGUUUGCUCGGUUAUUCGGAUACUGUUGACUACUGGGCUAAGCUUAUUGAAAUCGACUUGGAGGAGGAUGACAGUACGCAGAAGGUCCGUGUAGGAAAGCUGCUUCGGUGGAAGACUUGGGGUGAGCUUAUCCCGAUCCCUCUAAUGCUUGUCAACAUUGGCCACGUCAGGGAUGAUCUUCUGCAUUAUCUUGAAAUCCUUGAUGCAGCUGGAAUAGAGGAUGAACGGAAGAGAGUGCUAAGAACCGGUAACACACGUAUUUUCAAGAAUGCUCCUGAAGGCGAGACAGAGGCUUAUUCAAUGGGUGAAUGGAUUCUGGAUCAAGGGACGCAACAAAUCACAGGCAUGAAACUGACUGUCAAGGUCAAGAGUAGUAAGGAGCCAACAGUAUGUAUCUUACCAAUCGACCCCAAGGAAGUCAGUAUGGCGCCUGGAAAAUCCCUCGAAUACCUAUCUAAGGGAGAAUGGCAGGUUUACAAACCCGAGACGCCCUACGUGUUCCCAAAGACGCUUCAACUAGGCCCAGUUCUGCGGGAGACGCGCCUAAGGGAACCUAGGACAUUCAAGACCAAAGCGCCACACGGCUAUCCCGUUAUUUUGAGCGCUCCUUCAGAGAUGGUGGCUAACAAUAACCAAUUGGUUUCACGGCGGGAUAUUGAUCGCUUCCUGGGGCACUGGCGCGCGCUCAAUACUGCACCUCUAUCGACUCAGAACCAAAUUAUCUUUUUGUCAGCAAAAGCCGAAUUCCGCCUUGUGGGUGAGAAGGAAUACAAACCCGUCAAAUACUUCGGAUUACGGCUGAAUGCUAAGUUUCCACUUUCUGUGGCGCCGUCACAAGCGAUCGACAUCCCAUUUGAGUUUACUGUUGACAAGCCGGAAAAGGUCAGAGAGGACAGAGACCACCUGGUCGCAAUCAAUUUUGCGCAUUUGACUAUUCAUCAUCCACUCCGCGUUCGGAUCACUUUAACGGAUAUUGGAGGGCAGAGUAUUUCACUUGUGCAAGAGUACGUUCACCUUGUCAUGGGUAUCACGCCUCGCAAAGAAAACGAUAUUGGUUACUUUUUUGUUGAUGAUAUCGAUAUUAGUCAACGGACUCUUGUCACAAUCACCAAGUCGCCUUCCCCUGACUACUUUCUUUCUAUCUGUGCCAAUCGAGAAGCUCCCAUCAAACUGACUGUGACAGACCUUCACAAGAUUGUAUAUAAGGCGCAACAGACGGGCGUCACUCAAGUUGAUAUGAAGUUGGGCCAGCAUAACCUAGGAAUUAACUGGACGAUAUGGGCUCUUGUGGACUUGAACUGUAGACGGGUAUACGGGUUUAAGGUUCUGGUGUACCAUGGCAAGAAGACUCCUGUUAAAACUUCGGCUUGUCUAGGAUACGCGCCAUGCCCACUCUAUUGCGAAGAUGAUAUGGAGACACGUCCGAUCCAGUAUGCCGAGGAGUCCAAGAUUGUGCCUCAAGUUACUCAUCGUGAUAAUGUAGUUGUAGUCGAGGAUGAUCCAUACGAUGACGAUGUCCCUCCAGCCCCAGCCCCAAUUCCAGCUCCAGCUCCAGCUCCAACUCCAGUCCCAGUUCCGGCCUCAACUCCUCUCUCAAGUUUCGCACCAGUUCAUAUUCCUGCUCUUGAGCCUAUUAUAGCUUCUGUCCCUCCACCCGCUGCAGCUACCGCGCCUUCCCUGUCUACUCCGUCCAUUGUUGCACCGAUGACUCCAAUCCCAGAAGCAAUAUCAUCUGGUGCGCCAGUGCCUGGAAUGACCUCUAUCCAGAUUGCCACUGCCCCUUCUAUUGAUGCUCUCCAAGCCAAAGUUGCUGCUCUUGAGGCCCGCCUAGAAGCCGCCGAACGCCAUGAUGCGCUUAUGACUAAGAUCCUGGCGCUAGAAAAGCGAUUGGAUGCAGCUGCAGCUGCACCAGCAACGCCUUCCGAGCCCGACAGAGUCUCAGUACUAGAGAAUAGAUUAGCUUCUAUGGACCAGAAGCUGGAUUCUAUGAAUAUUAAUUUGAGAUUGUUGGAUGGUAAUGCAUCCAGGUUAGCCAUGUCGCUUGAAAAGAUUGCUAACCUCCUGUCAAGUUAA